AUGGUGGCAAGCGCUUAUAUUAAUGGCGAUAUGAGUUACGAUGCAGCCGUAUCGGAUCGAGUCGACGAAAAUCCUCAGCUGAAUGCACAACUUGAUUGCUGUACCGUCUCUGCAAGUAAUCAUGCCGAGUUAAGCAUAAGCAAAAGACUGAUAACGCAUCAGUGUGCCUCUCUUGUGCCGUACAUCCGAAGUAACAAUGAAAAAAGUGAUGGGUGGACAUUGAAAACAACUGCCGAUUAUGAAACUCUGAAAGACAUUUUGCAUUUCUUACAAUAUGGCUCAAUAGAAACUGACGAUUGGCUUCGACUCGAAACCAUACUGGAACAGGUAUUUGAAUAUCUGCUGUACAAUAUUAACGAUGCAGUGAGUAGCAAAACAAAUACGGAAUUCCUACGUUUGGAUGUGACAAAUUUGUGUGAAAUCCUCAAUUCUGAUAUGUUGAAUAUUACCGAAGAGAUGGAUAUUUGGAAAUUAAUCAAAAACUGGAUUCUGGUGGAUCGAAAAACACGAACAAUACAUUGGCAAACUCUGUUCAGAUGUCUUCGAUGGAAUCUAUUGAACGAAGACGAAAAACGUGAAUUAAACGAAGAACUAGUGCAAAUGAAAUUCAUAACCAGUCCAAGCUCGCCAGUGGAUUAUAAUCGAACGUAUCAAACGCGUGUGGCCCGUGACUUGAUAUUGGCUGUCUGUGGAUGGGAAUGGUCAGGACCAUCGAGUCGUAUCGAAGUGCUUGACAUUGCGCAACGGAAAUGGAAACGCGUUCCGUCAAUGGAAGAUCAACGCAAAGCAUCUUAUCAUGCCAUAGUUGUUAUUGAUCAGAAGUUAUAUUUAUUGGGAGGAUCCGACGGUUCUGAUUGCUUCAAUACGGUGCGAUGUUAUGAUGGAGAGAAACGUGAAUGGAGCGAAUUGGCACCGAUGCACUAUGCAAGAUAUGUUUCUUUAGUCGUCUUUUCCGAAUUGAUCCAAGAAAUUUGUUUCAGGUGUUACAUAGCAGCGUGCGAGUUGAAUGGUAAAAUCAUCGCUGUCGGUGGCUCAGAUGGGUAUACGAGGCUUCGAAGCGCUGAAAUGUACGAUCCGGAGAAGAAUCAAUGGACUCUUAUCGCAGAGAUGAAUGAAAAGCGCUCGGAUGCAGCGGCAGCUUCAAUGGCAGGGAGAGUGUAUGUUGCCGGUGGAUAUACGGGUACCACGAUCUUGCAGUCAGUGGAAAUGUACAUUCCAGAAAAGGAUGUUUGGAUUGAAAUCGCCGUUAUGAAUACACCUCGAUCAGGACAUGCUUGUCUAGCAACCGAGAAUUAUUUGUUGUUGGCUGGUGGAUACGACGGUACAGUUCGACUUGACAGUGUCGAAAUGCUACGCCUGGGUAGUGGACACACAUUUCAGAUGCCCUCAAUGCCGUGUGCAAGAUCAAAUUUCGAUAUGUGUAAAUUGGGUUCUAAAAUUUAUGCAAUUGGUGGCUACUGCACAAUACCGUCUUCUGAGGUGUUGUGUUUUGACGGCACCAAAUGGGAAUUUAGUCAUGAAUUGGGCACUGGCAGAAGUGCGCUCAAAGUUGUCUUAUUACGUGGAUGGCCAAAUCCUACGCGAAUUCUCAACGAUGAAGAAGAAACUAUGAUAAAUUUUGCUCAGAACUUCGGAAGACUUGCAAUAUGA